CGACAGUGCGGAUUCGCGAGGACAGCUAGCAAUGAGAGAAGCGGGCUCACCUACCGGAGCAGUAGUAACAGCUGGGAAUCUGAGAAGAGUGGAGGAAGCGGAGGAGCGGAGAUAAUAGUAGGACUGGUGGUGGGAACCCCCCCAUAUUCAACUUUCACCUCCCUCACGUUCUCUCCUCAAGCUCCUCUUUUCUUUUUUUAAAAAUAUUUAGGCCUUUUCGCAUUUUGCUCCCCCGCCCCCUCUUUCUUUCUCCCCAACAACCCAUUUCUCUCUUCACCGACUCUCAUCCCCACCCUCUCUUUUUAUUUACUUUCCCCUUGCCUCUCUAACUCGCUCGAGGUGAGGCCUGCUAGCUUCCAACGGGUUUGCUGCCUCCGGUUGGGGUGCCCUCCCGGUGGAAGAGUAGGGAGAAUAUAGAGGGGGUCUUCUCGAUAAUUGGCGACAGUCCCACUUGUCUUCCGGACCAUCCUGCUGCAUUACUGCCAAGGAGCUGAGAGAGGGAUCAGAGCGAGAGAGAGCAGCCUUCCAUCUUCUAGGCUAUUCUCCGUUCGCAUUCCCCUCUGUAUUCCCUUAAUUCCUUCGCUCCCUGCUCCUCCUCUGUAGGCCUUGGUGGUGGCGUUGGGUUUCCCCUUUUACUCCCUAUCAUUAUCAUUGGAGUUGGCUCUGGUCUCCCGUCCCGCAUUGAAUUCACGCUGCUACUCCCGAAUCGAGGUCGCGGGCUUCCAGAAAGUACUCGAUUCCAGCCAGAACCAAAAGGAAGGAAGAAAUAGCGACUCGUGAAGGAGGCAGGCGGAGGAGGGGAGAGAGCUCCUCCUCCUCCUCCGUACUCCGUCGCCGUUCGGAGACGACAGCCGUCCGCGUCGCUGCGUCACCGCUCACCAGGCGGGGAUCACCGCAAGCCAGACGCUGCCCUCUCCGCUUAAUGAUCCUCGAGUAAUUGGAGAAAGGGGAUGAAGGGAGGCUCGGAAAAACUUUGCUCUACAUAUCAUAAAGAAAUGCCCCUCGGAGUGGACGCCGUAGCCCCAAACUUUUUUUAAUGCAUAAAGGCAAGCGUCACCGCCGCGGUAAUUACGGCCGCGGUCGGCGGAUAAUGGAUGACGUGUUCGAGUUAAUAGUAAUCAUCCACGUGCCCCUGUGAGGGGUUAAUUAAUAUUUCAGCUGGAGAAUAUCUGCAGCUGUGAAAACCGCGUAUCUACCAAAAUUAAGAUACUUCGCUGCUACGGCUCUGCGAUCCGCCGUGCGAUACCUCAAUCCUGCAAUCCUGCGUGCCUAAAUGCAUCGAGCAUGUCGAAAGGGCAAGCAAUAUGCGGAUAAGAUCGAUUCUCUUUCCAGAGAUGCACUCUAUAUACCGGUCUCCGAAAUGUGUGCAUAUAUAUUUAUGACGCGCACGCUUGAUUUCUUGAUCGAUUUGCUCUACUUCUGGAUUUUUCAAGGUUGGCGUGUGGAAUGGCGACGGGGACGAAGAAGUACGUCGACAAUGCGAUGGCCCGGACGGUGGACGUGAUGUGCGGCGAUCUCUUCGAUCACAUCGACGACUUGCUGGACUUCCCCGACGACGAUGACGUGCGAGGGAUGGACGACUACCAAUGUGGGCCCGCCCCUCCCGCCCCCGCUCCGGCUUUCACCCCGCUGCUUCCUCCCCUUCACGCCGAUGGCUUGUUGGGCGGAGACGGCGCCGGCGGAGGAGACUCCAGCGAUGGCUCUGGUGACGGUGCCGGCGGCGCUGCUUCUGCCUUCCACCGGGGGGACGAAAAACUCGCUCCGUGGGACGACCUUGAAAUCGCUGAGCUGGAGUGGCUAUCCAGUUUCUUCGACGACAACGAUUCCUUCACCGUCGACUUCCCCAAAUGCAACACUGCCCCCACCGCCGCGGCCGCCACCGUCAUCGGCACCAACGACAGCAACAAUAGCAGCGGCAACAGCAAGGAGGGCUCCCUCUUCCGCACCUCCAGCCCUGUAUCCGUGCUCGAGCCUAACAGCCUUAGCAUUGGCGGCAGUGGCGGAGGUGGUUCCUCCUCCUCAUCGUUCUCCUCCUCUUCCUCCUCCUGCUCCGGCACCGGUGGAGGAAGCAGCGGCGCACGGAUCCGGGAGGCUCCUCCCAUCAGCCAUCCGGAGCCCAUUCUGGCGGUCCCGGCCCGUGCUCGCAGCAAGCGCCCCCGACCUGCCACCUUCUCCUCCCGCCCCCACGUCACCGUCCCCUUCCUCCCUCCUCUCUCCGACAACAUACCUGCCCCAACCCCUGUCGACUCCUCCUCUAAUUCCAAAUCCGAGAGCUUCGGCGAGUCCAAUCCCGGACCUGAUACGAUGAAGCAGAAGAAGAAGAAGAAGUGCUCUGCUGGCACUGCUGCCGGAGGAGACGAGGCACCCCCGGUGAGGAAGUGCAUGCAUUGCGAGAUCCAGAAGACCCCGCAAUGGAGGGCGGGGCCGAUGGGGCCCAAGACCCUCUGCAAUGCCUGUGGGGUCCGCUACAAGUCGGGAAGGCUCUUCCCUGAGUACCGCCCUGCCGCCAGCCCCACCUUCGUCCCCUCCCUCCACUCCAAUUCUCACAGGAAGGUGGUCGAGAUGCGUCUCGAAGCCAGCCACAGGGCCGCUGCCGCCGGGCUGCCGUCGCCCGAGUCUGCUUCCAAGGACAGCUGCGAUCUCCUUGCUUACAUCCGUAGGAGGGAGUGAGAGAGAAAAGGAUGAUGAACCACAUGGUUGUGGUUUUCUUUCUUUUCCUUUUAGUUUCAGGGUUGUUUCGGUUCAUUUUCUUCUGCUUUUUGUUUCUUUUAAUAUUCUUCUUAUUUUUGUACAUAGGAGGGAGAUCGAGGAGGGAAAGUGGGAGGGAGAGAUAAGGGGACUGACGGAGGACCGACCCACUACGAUUAGGUAAUCUGUGUCAUGAAACGGAGGGAAGAGAUAAUUAGAUUGAGCUGUAGUUAGAAGAAGCAAGGAGGGGAAAAAAUGAGUCUUAGAACGGGGCUAUUGAAGAGGAGGGAUCUAGUUUGAUAAUGCAGCUUGGAGUAUUGAAUUCUUUUUGCAGUCGAUUGCUUAUGUAGAAAAGCGUCCAUUUUAAUUGGUUUUUUUGUCUUGCUUUCUCGUUCAUCAGCAAUACUGCCUGAUGCCCUUGUUCUAAAUUAUAAGCUUUCAUCGGCAAA